CUCUCUUUUUGUUUACGUCAAUUUUCCACAGAAAUUUCCUUUUUUGUCCCGUUCCCAUUUCUUAACUAGUUCAGUCCCUUUUCUUGUGCUAAUCACAAAAAAAAUGCAAAACCCCAACGAAGACACUGAAUGGAACGACAUCCUGAGGGCCAAAGGGAUCAUCCCGCAAAAAGAAAAGGAAAUUUCAGAGGACCAAAUCGUCUCUAUGUUAGAAGAGACCAUUCAGAAGAAGACACAAGAUGGUAAAAAAAUAGAAGAUCUUGACCUGGAUGAACUGGACGAACUAGAAGACUCGGAAGAUGAAGCGGUUUUAUUGGAAUACAGGCAAAAAAGGAUAGCGGAAAUGAAAGCAUUGGCAGACAAAUCGAAAUUUGGUUAUGUAGGUGAAAUAUCGGCACAAGACUAUGUUGAUGAAGUUAACAAAGCCGGAGAAGGGAUUUGGGUGGUGUUACAUCUGUAUAAACAAGGAAUUCCCUUAUGUGCCCUCAUAAAUGAACAUAUGAGAAACUUAGCUCCGAGGUUUAAAACUGUGAAGUUCCUUAAGUCAAUAUCGACCACAUGUAUACCAAAUUAUCCUGACAGGAAUUUACCCACGAUUUUUGUUUAUUACGAGGGGGAUCUCAAGAAGCAAAUUGUGGGGCCUCUGGAGUUUAGGGGGCCAAAUUUGACACAAGAUGAAUUUGAAUAUUUAUUGGGAAAAACUGGAGCGAUUGAAACAAGUAUUAAAGAUGACCCUAGACCUAAAAUCAAAGAUAAAAUGAUGCAGGAUUUGGCCGAUACAAAUGACUGGAGCCUGUAAAGUUAGACUAAGGUCAAAAAAGUUUUAUUUAUUUUAUAGAGAAGUUUUUAUAAUAUACACUCAAUAAAACAAAAUGUUUUUCUAAUAAUUAAAUAUGUUUAUUUAAA